GUGCGAUCCGGAAAGAGCCUGGACUCCACACAGGUCCCGCGCCCUCCAGCCAGUGCUGUGGGAUCCUCCCCAGCCACCCAGGCGGCCUCCCCGUGGGGCGCAAACGGGGUGGGGCUGCAGGUGGGGCAGCCGGCAGCCCUGGGAGGCAGAGGAGGCUGCGCCAAACAGCUGGCGUGUUGCGAACCCAGCUGCUGGUGGCGGCGCGCCUCGCCGGGCGCCCCCGCCAGUCCUGCCGGAAGAUGGUCAACGACCGGUGGAAGACCAUGGGCGGCGCUUCCCAACUUGAGGACCGGCCGCGUGACAAGCCGCAGCUCUCUCUUCCUGAGUCUGCACGGCAGACACCCACGUGUGGGGCAGGGCGUGUCAUUAUUGCCUCCACUUUACAGUGGCCAAGCUGCGGCUACGUGCUGUGCACGGUGCUGCUCUCGCUGGCGGUGCUGCUGGCCGUGGCUGUCACGGGCGCCGUGCUCUUCCUGAACCACACCCACGUGCCAGGCACGGCGCCCCCGCCCGUCGUCAGCACCGGGCCCGCAGGUGCCAACAGCGCCCUGGUCACCGUGGAGAGGGCCGACAGCUCGCGCCUCAGCAUUCUCAUCGACCCGCGCUGCCCCGACCUCGCCGACGGCUUCGCCCGCCUGGAGGGCGCCCAGGCCUCCGUGCUGCAGGCCCUGGCGGAGCUUCAGGCCCAGCCGAGGCUGGCGGGCGAGCGGGAGCGGGAGCUUCUGGACACGCUGGUGGACCAGCUGCCCCGGCUGCUGGCCCGGGCCUCUGAGCUGCAGGCGGAGUGUGUGGGGCUGCGGAAGGGCCUCGGCGUGCUGGGCCAGGGGCUCGGCGCCCUGCAGAGUGAGCAAGGCCGCCUCAUCCAGCUUUUCUCCGAGAGUCAAGGCCACAUGGCUCACCUGCUGAACUCGGUCAGUGACGUACUAGACGCCCUGCAGAGGGACCGGGGGCUGGGCCGGCCCCGCGUCAAGGCUGACCUUCAGAGGGCGCCUGCCAGGGGAUUGCGGCUCCGGGGCUGCGCCAGCGGCCCUCCGCCACGCGACUGCCUGGACGUGCUCCUGAGCGGACAGCAGGAGGAUGGCAUUUACUCAGUCUUCCCCACACACUACCCUGCCGGCUUCCAGGUCUACUGUGACAUGCGCACGGACGGCGGCGGCUGGACGGUGUUUCAGCGCCGGGAGGACGGCUCCGUGAACUUCUUCCGAGGCUGGGAAGCGUACCGGGACGGCUUCGGCAAGCUCACGGGGGAGCACUGGCUAGGGCUCAGGAGGAUCCACGCUCUGACCACGCAGGCCGCCUACGAGCUCCACGUGGACCUCGAGGACUUUGAGAACGGCACGGCCUACGCCCGCUACGGGAGCUUUGGCGUGGGCUUGUUCUCCGUGGACCCGGAGGAAGACGGCUACCCGCUCACCGUGGCCGACUACUCGGGCACUGCAGGGGACUCCCUCCUGAAGCACAGCGGCAUGAGGUUCACCACCAAGGACCGCGACGGUGACCACUCGGAGAACAACUGCGCGGCCUUCUACCGCGGCGCCUGGUGGUACCGCAACUGCCACACGUCCAACCUGAACGGGCAGUACCUGCGGGGCGCGCACGCCUCCUACGCCGACGGCAUCGAGUGGUCCUCCUGGACCGGCUGGCAGUACUCGCUCAAGUUCUCCGAGAUGAAGAUCCGGCCGGUCCGCGAGGACCGCUAGCUGGGCGCUCCCCACCCCGGCCCCCGGCCCCCCGGCCCCCCGCCCCCACCCAUCCCCGC